AUGUCCCAAAUCGUUGCCAGAAGAUGGCUGUCGGCAUGUACGAAGUUCUCGCCAAUACAUGAGAACUACAAAACGCUCCGCCACAUCCAUUUCCGUGGUAUUACACCGUUCGCAAAGGGCCAGGCUAUCCAGAACGCCAUGGUCAGUGCAAACCUAGACUUCAAAAAGAUGGAAUCCAAGAUCCGCAAGCAGCAGAAGGACAUGGACGCCCAGGGCUAUGUACUCCAGGAAUACGAGCAGGAGUUCAUCAAGAAAGUGCUCCUGAUGAAGCCGUUCCCCACGCUUCUCACCUUUGAGUUCGAUAAUGUGUACACUGGAGGCAAGCAGAUGAAGCAGGAUCCAGAGCUUGCGGCUAAAAUCAAGACCUACGAAGACAUGGGCUGCACGUAUCACCAGCUUGAACGUGGCGGCCAGGUGACAUGGCAUGGAAAGGGCCAAUUGACGGCAUACACCAUUUUGGACUUGAAGCAGUUCACCAACUUGACAGUGAGAUGUUUUGUAGACAGUGUGCUUCUCAAGGCUGUGCAAAAUAUGUUGAAAAAGAACUAUCAGCUCGACAGUUUCGUCAACGAGAACCCUGGUGUGUGGAUCGAGCCACAUGAUAAGAAAAUUGCCUCUGUUGGGUGCAAUAUCCAGCGUGCUAUCACCUCAUAUGGUAUUGGGUUGAACGUCGAUCCAGAAUUGAAGUAUUUGAACACCCACACCAUGUGUGGCUUACCUGGAACGACUGCCACUUCUAUUGCGCAGUUGAGACCCCUGGCAAAGACAGACAUCAAGCAGGCAGCAGAGCAGUAUGCGAAAGAGCUAGCCAAAGUAUUGAAUAUCACCACUGUUGAGCACAUGGACGGGCUGGCGUUGUUGGCUGAACAGGAAGCGGGACUUGAAACUGAGGAGGAGUAG